AUGAAAAUUAUCCACGACUUUGCAGACAUCGUCACCGAAAAUAGAAGCCCACUAAACCAGACUUCUAUCAAAGAAUUCAUCCUCCUUGGAUUCUCCAACUAUCCUGAAUUCCAGACUUUCUUCUUCUUGGUCUUCUUCAUUGUUUACCUGAUGACCAUGCUGGGGAAUCUUUGCCUCAUCCUGCUGGUCGUCUCUGACAGCCACCUCCAGACCCCCAUGUACUUCCUUCUCAGCAACUUGUCCUUCAUUGACCUUUGCUACGUGACCUCCACAAUCCCGCAAAUGCUGGCAAACUUCCUCCGAGAGUCGAAGGCCAUCUCCUACGCCGGGUGCAUGGUCCAAAUCUUCUCCCUAAUGUCAUGUGUAGGUUCAGAGUGCAUCCUUCUAGCAGCCAUGGCUUAUGACAGGUACGUGGCCAUAUGCCAUCCACUCCUAUAUCCAGUCAUCAUGAGCAGGAAAGUGUGCCUCCAAAUGGUGGCUGGGUCAUGGACAGGAGGGUUCCUGAACUCCCUCAUCCACACUCUUCUGACCUCGGCCUUGUCCUUCUGUGGACCCACAGAGAUCCGUCAUUUCAUGUGUGAUGUUCCACCUCUCUUGGAGUUGUCCUGCACUGAUACAUCACUUAAUAAUAUUGUGCUCCAUGUGGCCAGUGUCUUCAUUGGCAUCAGUCCCGGCUGCUUUAUUGUCAUCUCCUACGCGUUCAUAGCUUCUGCUAUUCUGCGGAUCCGUUCGGCCAAGGGCAGGAAUAAGACCUUCUCCACUUGUACAUCGCAUCUCACAGUUGUAGUCACCUUCUUUGGGACAGCUCUGUUUAACUACAACCGGCCCAAUGUGGGCUAUUCGUUAGAUGUGGACACCCUGGUGUCAGCUCUGUACUGUGUGGUCACCCCCAUGUUCAACCCAAUCAUAUAUAGCCUGCGGAAUCAGGAAGUGAAGGCAGCUCUGAAGAGAACGGCAAAGUGGAAGCAGGAGACAUUCUAA